AAGGCCGCGGGCCGCGCACGCCGCCUGCGGGCCACGGCGCCUGCGAAUGACGUCAGCUCCGCGACGGGAGAAGCCGCUGGCUGCAGAGCGGGGAGGCCGCCCGUCCUGCGCCGAGACCCGGCCACGCCCACCAUGACCAAGCUGGUGCAGUGGAUGUGCGGACUGGCCCUGCUGGGCACUGCCUGGGCCACCCUGGCCUUGGACCCCCUGGGCCUCCAUCUCCCUCUGCCCUGGCAGCAGGUGCUCUGGCCAUUCCCCAUGUACCUGCUGGUGGCGUUCGGCUGCUACUCCCUGGCAACCAUUGGCUACCGCCUGGCUACAUUCAAUGACUGCAAGGCUGCGGCGAAGGAGCUCCAGGAGCAGAUCAGAGAGGCCCGAGCGGACCUGAGCCGGCGAGGGCUGAAAUUCUGACCCGCGGGGUCGGGAGGCUGCACCCCAGGGAGCUGGGCUGCUCACCUCACUUGGAUUAGCACAAUAAAGAAUCGGUGUAUGUA